AUGUCGCCCUCACCACCCCGCGAAAGCGAACCCAAAGCUGCUGAGUCCCAAGCUAUUGAAUCAAAACCUGAAGUUUCUCGCGCACGCUCCAGAUCGCGCUCACCGCGUCGCAGCCCACCGCGCAAGCCCAAGAACUUCUCAGGCCUGAAAUGGAAGAACGACAAGAGAGACGACAGAGAUCGUGACGACAGGCGGAGAGAUGACAGAGGCGGGAGGGAGCGAAGAGACUACGACCGCGACGACAGGAGGAGAGACGAUAGACACUCGGAUCGGCGCGGCGGCGACGAUCGCAGACGCGAUGACCGCAGGGGAGACGACAGACGCCGGGAUGAGCGAAGAGGCCGAGACGACCACAGAGGAGAAGAUAGACGUCGAGACGACCGCGAUCGAAAGCCUCGCGAAGACCGCGAGCGCAAACCGCGCUCCUCCUCCAAAGACAAGAAGUCGAAAGACGCCAAACCCGCCGCACCCCCCGCCUCCAACGAGCCCAUGAUAAUCGUAACCAUCAACGAUCGCCUCGGCACCAAGACGCAAGUCCCCUGCUUGCCCAGCGACCCCGUGCGCGUGCUCAAAAUGAUGGUGGCGGCGAAGAUUGGGCGCCCCGUGCAUGAGAUUAUGCUGAAAAGGCAGGGCGAGAGGCCGUUUCAUGAUACGUUGUCGCUGGCGGAUUAUAGUAUCAGUAAUGGCGUGCAGAUCGAUUUGGAGUUGAACACUGGGGAUUAG